AUGCUUCAAACUUUCCUCGUCAUUUUGCUCAUCGGCGCGGCUACCGCUGUGGAUUUACCAAGCUACAUCAAACCAUGCUCGAAGACCGGCAAUUUCAGCGAAUGCGCUCUGAAACACGCCAAAGAAGCUAUUCCACACAUGUUAAAAGGCGAUAAAAAAUUACAACUUCCGAGUUUCACGCCGCUGAUGAUAUCCGCCAUCGACAUCAAAGGCGCCAACAAUUUCAACGUGCAUCUUGGGAAUCUAAAAGUCUACGGGCUCGAAUUCACCGAACCCGUUAAUAUUAGUGUGGAUUUCGCGCAUAGAACGGCCAAAGUAAUAAGCACUGUACCCAGGCUGGUCGUUUUGGGCAACUACACAAUCAACGGGAAAAUUUUAAUUUUCACCUUAAAUGGACACGGAGCUGUGAAUAUUACUUUAUCUAAAGGCACCUACGAGUACGGCUUCCACUGGACGACAGAGCAAAGAAACGGCGUGGAGUACGGCAAAAUCAUCGGCAGCAACUUCGAUUACGCCAUAGAAGGCGUCGAGUACCAUUUCGAGAACGUCAUCAACAAGGAAAAAGCGAUAAGUGAGCAGGUCAAUAAAAUCCUGAACAAGAACUGGAAGAUCGUCAACAACGAUCUGAAGCCGUCCAUCUCCGAGACGCUGCUCAUAAUUCACAACGAAUUGUUCUCGAAGGUCUUCACCCAAGUGCCCUACAAGCAGCUGUUUUUGGAAUGA